GAACACGGUACCCCUUGUCUACCCCUUUGUCCCGAAAACCAAAAGUUCACAAAAGGCCUGACUCCUGCCCCCAUUGCCAAGAGGUCACAUCCCAUCUGGGAAAAGAACCUGAGUGUGAGCCAAAUGCCUGGGACACCGAAGGUCAUCAUCUCCCCUCCGGUGAUUCAUUCAGACUCACCCAGCAUAGCACUCCAGAGAAGACGGCACCGGGCCCGCUGUGUAAGGAUACCAAGACUCACAGGAGCAAAACAACCCACGGGGCCGACCGCAACAGAGAAAGCACCUCAUCACAAGGCCACAGUGAGGAAAAGAGGCCCAGUAAUCGGCAGCAACGGCAGCAGCCUGGUCUGUGGUAUUGGGCUCUCCAAUCCCCAGCAGCAUCCAUUGGCUACGUCCCCACCAUUCCCCUGGCAGCUUAUCUCCCAUCAUCUGUAAUCUACUGUUCACCACCAGCGCCUACCUCAGCUUCCUCUCCAGUUGGUGUUCCUGUUAAUGUCUCCAGUGGGGACCAAGCCACUGCACUGAGAACGCGGUCCUCACGGCAGCACCCCCAACGAGGCCACUCCUGCUCCCUGACGCUCAACUUCGACGAAAUGCAGGACCUCAACUGGGCCCUGAACCAGGCGGUUGAAGCCGCCAAAGGUGUGAAGCUCACCACCAAGCAGCUGAGCAGGUCUCUCAUUUCGGAACUGAGCAAAGCUCGGCCCCUGCGGGGAUCUUGCCUCUUCUAAGAGCAGAGGACUAUGGGAUCCCCCCCUUCACCCCUUUUACCAAGGCAAAGCGGACCAAGGUGCCCAACCCACAGAAAAGAAGUCAUUCUAAGGAAACAUUUCUCAUGUGUUUAUGUGCCAAAGAGGAACACCACACCCCCUUAAUCUUCCAGAACGUUGCCUUAGCUAUGGGGGUGGGGCUUAAGGCCACAGGUAUCAUAGAAACACACACACCCGCCGCCCCAGGAAAACUGUGACCAAAUCUAGGCUGGAAGGCGGAGUCUGGCACCAGUGGACCCCCUCCAUUGGGAGUUUUUGUCAGGCUUCAAAGGCGCCUGGCCUUCCCCCUUCCUUUCCUGCCACAUGAAAAAAAAGCAUAAUUAUGUCCUGUUUCCUGCACCACUUCCUGUCUGUCCUUUGUGCUCCUUCCACACAGAGGUGGGAAAAGGCUACGUCAUCUUGCUUUCUGGCAACAACCAAAAACUAGGUAGGGGUGUAGAAU